GCCGUCUGCUCUCAUCUCUCUUGCUCUCUCUCCCUCAUUCUUUCAGCUUGUGUAACUUUGUACACAGGGAUGCUGGCGCACAGUGUAGCCUGAAAAUGGUUUUACUAUGGAUAUAUCCUUCUCUGCUCACUCUUCACAUGCUAACACCAAACCAGGCUUUAAGGACUUACCCUGAGAAUGAAGUGACAUUGCUGGACUCAAUGUCGGCUCUUGGAGACCUGGGCUGGGUGGCAUAUCCAUCUGAAGGGUGGGAGGAGAUCAGCGUGAUGGACGAGAGGAAUACGCCCAUGCGCACCUACCAGGUGUGCAACGUGAUGGAAGCCAACCAGAACAACUGGCUUCGCACCCGAUGGAUCCCCCGAGAUGGUGCCCAGCGCGUCUACAUCGAGAUCAAGUUCACGCUACGCGACUGCAACAGCUUGCCAGGAGUGCCGGGCACCUGCAAAGAGACCUUUAACAUGUACUACUAUGAGUCUAACAACAGCAACCUGUGGUUCAUCAAGGAGAGCCAGUACAUCAAAAUAGAUACCAUCGCGGCAGAUGAGAGUUUCACCCAAGUGGACGUAGGGGACAGAGUGAUGAAACUCAACACCGAAGUGCGGGAUAUCAGCCUCUUGAGCAAGAAAGGUUUUUACCUGGCCUUUCAGGAUGUGGGGGCCUGCAUUGCCUUGGUUUCAGUCAGGGUCUUCUACAAGAAAUGUCCCCUGACAGUGCGGAACUUGGCACAGUUUCCCGACACCGUCACUGGAGGCGACUCUGCCCUGGUGGAGGUCCGCGGAUCAUGUGUCAACAGCUCAGAGGAGUUUGACACACCGAAAAUGUACUGCAGCGCUGACGGUGGCUGGCUAGUUCCCAUCGGUCGCUGUGUCUGCAAGCCCGGGUUCGAAGAGCAUAAGGACAUCUGUCAAUCAUGCCGACCUGGUUUCUACAAAGCAUCAGCCAUGGAUGCCUACUGUGUGAAAUGCCCACCUCACAGCUACUCAAGCCUGGACAGUGCUUCAGAAUGCAUCUGUGAGAAAGGUUACUACCGGGCAGAGACAGACCCCCGGUCUAUGGCCUGUACAAGACCACCGUCUGCUCCAGAAAACCCAAUCUCCACCAUUAACGAGACGUCGGUUACCCUGGAAUGGAGCCCUCCCCGUGAGAGUGGGGGUCGAGGGGAUGUGAGCUACAGUGUCCACUGCAGGAAGUGCUCCAGUGAUGGCAGGAAGUGCAGCCCUUGUGGUAGUGGCACCCACUUUGUCCCGCGUCAGUUCGGCCUCUCCUAUGCCAAAGUGCUCAUCACAGACCUUCUCCCCCAUACCAACUAUACCUUCGACAUUGAAGCAGUCAACGGGGUCUCAGACCUGAGCCCCAGCCCCAAACAAUGGAUCUCUGUCAAUAUCACCACGAGCCAAGCAGUAAAUGUCAUUCUGAAAGAGAGGAAAAGCAAGGACAGCAUCACCCUGGCAUGGCAAGGACCAGAGCGAGCCAACGGAGCCAUAGUGGAAUAUGAAGUGAUCUACUAUGAAAAGAAUCAAAGAGACCAGAAUUACACUGUUUUGAAGACUAAGUCCAACAGCAUGACAGUGGAUGGGCUGAAACCAGGUACUACGUAUGUGUUCAGGGUCCGUGCACGCACCGAUGGAGGCUAUGGAAACUAUGGGGGAGAAAUCGAACUGGAGACCAGCCAUGAAGACAUGCUUGCGAUUGGAGACCCAAAUCAGCCCACCAUCCUCGCGGUGUCAAUUGCAGGAGGGAUAGUGCUGCUCAUAUUCCUGGUAGCUUGCUUUGUUGUCAGUGGAAGGCAUUGUGGCUACAUCAAAGCGAAACAAGAUCCAGAUGAGGAAAAACUGCAAUUCCAGCAUGGUCGAGUGAAGCUACCUGGGAGCAAGACCUACAUACACCCACACACUUACGAAGACCCUAAUCAGGCUGUUCGAGAUUUUGCCAAGGAGAUUGAGGCAUCUAGUAUUCGAAUUGAGAGGGUAAUAGGAGCCGGCGAGUUUGGGGAGGUGUGCAGUGGUCGCUUGAAGCUGCCCAGCAAGCGAGAGAUUAACGUGGCUAUCAAGAGCCUGAAAGCCGGCUAUUCAGACAAGCAGAGGCGGGACUUCCUGAGCGAGGCCAGCAUCAUGGGUCAGUUCGACCACCCCAACAUUAUCCGACUGGAGGGAGUCGUGACCAAGUGCAAGCCAGUAAUGAUCAUAACAGAAUUCAUGGAGAAUGGAUCCUUAGAUUCCUUCCUUAAGAAGCAUGAUGGACAGUUCACAAUGAUUCAGCUGGUUGGAAUGCUGAGAGGCAUUGCCUCUGGAAUGAAGUACCUGUCUGACAUGAACUAUGUUCACAGAGACCUUGCAGCCAGGAAUAUUCUUGUUAACAGUAACCUUGUGUGUAAGGUGUCUGAUUUUGGCCUAUCCAGAGUGCUGGAGGAUGACCCAGAGGCUGCCUAUACUACAAGGGGUGGGAAAAUACCCAUCAGAUGGACUUCACCAGAGGCGAUUGCCUACCGCAAGUUUACUUCAGCCAGUGACGUCUGGAGUUAUGGCAUCGUCAUGUGGGAGGUGAUAUCAUAUGGAGAACGACCGUACUGGGAAAUGUCCAAUCAAGAUGUAAUAAAAGCGAUAGACGAAGGUUACCGCUUGCCCGCACCCAUGGACUGCCCAGUCGUGCUGCACCAGCUCAUGCUGGACUGCUGGGAGAAGGGGCGCAGCGACAGGCCCAAGUUUGGGCAGAUUGUCAACACCCUCGACAAGCUGAUCCGAACCCCCAGCAGCCUGAAGCAAUUAGCCAACAGUUCAGUGUGGCAAGACCCUAUGACACCAGACUUUACUGUCAACACUGUUGAAGAAUGGCUGGACGCCAUCAAGAUGGGCCAAUACAAGGACAACUUUUCCUCAGCGGGCUACAUCUUGCUGGAGUCAGUGCUGUACAUAAGCACCAGUGAGCUGGGUAAACUGGGAAUUACAUUAGCCGGCCAUCAGAAGAAGAUCCUCUCCAGUAUAGAGAGCCUCCAGACACAAGGGACACAUCUUCAAGUAUAACCUAGCGAUAUGGUCCUCAAAUAACAAACACUAAAUGAACUCAACAAGAUGCUUGUUAUUCCUAAUUAACAGCUUCACCAAUCAAACUGUUCUGGAUAUAACUCGUCUUCAGCACUCUGGCUUCCAUGCACUUAAAGCCCCAGUAAUAAAAGGAGUAAAAGGCUGAUCUAUAGUAGGUCUCUCUGAAGACUUCAGAGGAAAGUACUCACCAUUAUGGAAAUUGGUGUAUUGUAGAAUGCGCAACAAAUUGCCUUUAAUUUCUUUUUAAUUUUGAAUCAAGCUAAAAGAGUCCAGGAGAUCCCUAUCCUGUAUUCAAGGUUGCACACAAGUGUAGCUAUUUAUCCUAACUUGGACCUGGUUUCAUAACCUGAUUGCACCAGAAGGCCCCGGUUCUGCAUAUUGGAGAAGUGCAAAUCUGCUCCCAGAGAAGGAUUCAUGGUUCUGACCUUGAUAACCUGUGUUGUUUAAAUCAUUUCCUGCUUGGACACUGCUGUGAAUCGAAAGAUACACCCUGAUAUUACAAAUGAAAGGUGUUUAUAGCAACACGAAUGGAGAGAGCCAUUGGUAGUUGUUUUUGUAUCUAGUUUAUAGAACGUCUGGAGAGGGACAUUCUCAGAAGUCCUUGUUAAGCAUUGCUACCUGGUAACAUGAAAAUACAAGAAUUAGGAGAUUCUAUGUACUCUAAACUAAUGAAAUGUGAAUAAGAAAAACCGAAACAGUAGUAUGUAUCUUUUAAGCUGGAUUUUACAAUAAUGAGUUGUUUGUUUUUUUUUUUUUUAAUUGAAGUUGUGUGCCUUGUUCUCUAUAUUGCAGUGCUUUCAUAUUACCAGCCACACCACCUCAAUUACGUCUUCACUGCAUAACAGUUUAUCAACUAAUAUGAAUUAAAGGAAAUGUACAUAAAAUAAAACACCUACCAAUAUCACAUGAUCCUGAGACUCUGAAACAUCUUCUUACCAAGAACCGGUAUGGUUUCCACAUGUUCAGUUCAGGAAUCAUAACCAUAACUAUAAUAGUAAUACAAAAUAAAAUAAUAAUAAAAUAAAAAAUAAAAAAAACAGGGCAGUUCACCUUCCUUAGAUAUCUGUAAAAUAUAGAAAUGGCCAUAGUUUACAGGUGCAUUACUCUGAAGAGCUGACAGAAUAUACAUCACAGAGCUCUCAGCUGAAGUUUCUUCCUUAUAGAAGCAUUAGCAAUUGCAGUUUUAUACUUAGUUUAUUCAUGGUUGGAUCUCUUAUUGUCAAAAGAAGUUUAGCUGUACGAAAUUAUAAAACUCUGAUUGCAAGACUAAUGAUAAAAGGAAUGACCUGUAACAUGGUUGUGUUGCUAAUUUCAGUGUCAUCACUAUAGAGAAACUGGGAAUGUUGGAUGGGGGCUCAUUAGUUAAGAGAUGAACCAGGAAUGGCUGCACCUGCCACCGUGUCAACAUGGUGUGCUGAUGCAACAUGGCCUAUUAUUGGACUUACAGCACUUAAGGAAACGUACUGGUAGUGCUUUUCACUCUCAUGCCCUGAAUGCAUUCCCUUAAGGAGCAUCUUAGCAUGGGGGCAGGGACUUCCUUGCUAACAAGAAUUUCUGCUCAAUGAGCUUCAAAAGUUUCCUUUAAAAAAAAUCUAAUAAUGUAAAUAAAUCGUCAGACCACAAAGGAAAUUAAAUAAAGGCGAGAGGCUCCACUGCAACAACACAGACAUCUCGUAGAUCCAGUUUUGGUUGCUAUUAAUCACCUUUUCAACUAAAACCUAAUAGUCAAAUCCAUAUGUGAUCAUGGUCUUGUGGCGGAUCUAACUGUAGUCCUUAUCCACUAAUGGAUAUAAAGCCUUACCACUACACUGCCUUUUUAAGCAUGCAGUGAAAUGAGGCUGGAGAAUUCAAUACAUGAAUUAAAUGGAAGUGAUGUCAGGUUUUUGAAACUGGGAAAAUUAAGCUUGACGCUGUACUUACAUGUAUAAGUGUUCAAGUUUUGUCUCUUAAAUGUAAACACACAAGGUACUGUAGCUCCCUGUUUUUCUAGGUUAUUCUAUAGAUUUGAACUAAGAAACAAAAUGAAUGCUGUCUUCUUUUUUACUAUAACAGCAUAUAGAUAUUAACAGACUGAAAGAAAAAUGUACCAUAUUGUAAAAAAACCCAAAAAACAUGUACAGUGUUGUUGAUUUAAAACCAUAGAAUGUGUAUAAUUAUUAACUUUUAUGUAGAAAAACAGAUUUCCAGUAAAAAAAAAGGACACAGAAAGACAUAUUUAUUAUGAAAGUGUUGAUGAGGCAUGUUGAUUUAGGAAGCCAUUUUGGAAGACAGCUUUCACUGACUUUACAGAGGAGAAUAAACUAUAUGUUAUACUAUACAAGGCUGCAAAAACAUGAUUAAUACCAAGCAGUUGUCACUGCUCAGCUGGUCCCCCCAAUGACCCCAAAUCUUCAAUCUGGAAUAUUUCGAAUAUAACCGCUUUUGGUUGACAAAUUGUUAGAAUUACUUUUAAAAAAAUGUACAUAUUUGAUCCUUGUAGAAAAUAUUGUGCAGUAUCAAAAUGUAAGUGUUUAUGAAAACAAUCUUCUAUGAAUACUUUGGUCUUUUACUGUUUAUGCAAGCAAACAGAAUUACAAUAAAUAAAUAAAAAGCCAGUUGCAUUUGUUGGGAAAUCUGAAUGCAGAAGAAUAAACUUGUCAGAUAAAAUAAUCACAUUUUUAGAUACAUGUAGACUCCAAAAGGAGCCACUGUCACUUCCUAUCUUGUGUAUCUUGUAAAAUAUUUCAGAAACAAUUACAAGGAUUACCAUUACAUUAAAGCUCAGUUGUGCUUCAAUAAAUUUGAUGAAGACUAUCUGUGUGUGGCUGUGAAACAUUAUAUUCAUCUGGCUUAUUUGUGGGCAAUUGAGCAAUCUGUGGAAUGGAUGCAGAUUUCCCUAAAUAAAAAGCAGGCUCAUAACAAAUUUACCAGCUGCUGUAAAGGCCAAGGGUCUAAUAAUUGUGAGAAAUGCCUAUGUGCAUAAAACAAUCUACUGUAGGUUCCAACUGAGCCGAGUCAAGGUCUGCUACCGUCAGCCACUAUAAAUGUAUGCAGUCCUGGAAAUUAUGCUGAUAAUGUUGAAGCUUUCAGCUUUGUUUUAUGCAUUCGAUUUUUUUUUUCUAAACCAAUCACCAGCUGUAAACUUGUACAGUGGCUUGCGAAAGUAUUG